AUGGCUGACCCAAGCACGUUAAAGAAGGAAAUGCUCGAGGAAAUUGUGAAUAGAAAAAACUUAGGUGACAAAAAGUUUCACUCCGAAACCUCAUUGCAACAGUUUGGUGAACAAGACGAAAAUGGAAAUGAAAAUGAAAAUGACCCUGGAGUUCACAAUGCAUCAGUGAAAGCCUCAUCGUCAUCUCCUGAAGUAGACAGCCCGGCUCGCCGGCGGACGAUGUCACAGCCGGGCCCAGCAUCCGGCAGCAUGAUGACCGCCACCGCUGGCCGCCGCCGCCGCCCGCCCAGGAGCGUUAUGUAUGCAGAUAUGGAGAGAGCUGACCCCACGGACAGAUUGCCCAGCCUUAUAAUACCUAAUCGAGAAUCAGAUUAUUCCACCCCGCCUAUUCCUUUAGCUUCUGAAAAUUCUGCAAGCCCAAUCUAUUAUAAUGGAAUUUAUAGAAAUGGAGAUAUUAAAUCAGUCAAUAAUUAUCGCCUUCAAACGCCUACCGAUUUCCGUGAUGGAUCAACUCCUAGAAAAAGAUCGGUUGUUACAAUGGAUGCACAGUCGAUUCGUUCUGUAGAUACUCAGGCGCCACCGCCGACUAGUCCUGAAGAUAACACGCGCCUUACCGUUAAAUACUUCACGUUGAUGUUAAGUUGCAUGUACGCAGUGUUACUGGUUACUCUUGGAAUUAUAAUUUACUUAGCAGAUCCAAUCAUAUCGUAUGCGCCAUCACCGAUUUACUCACUCAUAUUACUCGCAAUCGGAUUUAUGUAUUUAUUAUAUUUAUUAAUAGAUAUAAACAGAUACAAAGCAAUCGUAAGGAAGAAUGAAAAGAUUAAGGGGGCCCAUAAUAAUAACAUAACAGAAUUCUUUCGAAAACAAGAAGAGGAAUUUAAUAACAAUGGUUCAGGCAUGGUAACACCAAGUAAUUUACCACAAGUUUUUCCUUCAGCUGUAUUAAUUCCUUUAAGGCACGACUACUGCUUUAGCACUGGAAGGCAUUCUGGAAGUUUCUACUUAAAAAUGGGCGCUGCAGGUUUCGCUUUAGGUCAUUUAGUGCACUCUGUUUUACUGAUAGUAGUACAGAUGAGCUUUUACUUUGACGAAAAUAUCGACAAUGAGAGCUGCAUCGACAUAAUGCAAGUUAUACUCGAUGUGUGCAACCCGCUAUACUGCUUCCUACAACUUUUUUUCAUAUUCAAGUAUUCUAAUGUUCUCAUACUCCGAGCACAGGGUCUGGCUCACUUCGGCUUCAUGCACAUGAUUGGCAGCAGUUUAUGUUUUUGGAUUUCAACAAUCGUUCGUGAAACAGUUUUGUCUUUAACUAUUUACGCAAAUUCUAAAUAUGGCAAUAAUCAAACAGAGACAGAAACACCGAAUGAAACUUACAUUCAACAUAUUACAGGCAAUAUAUUGGACAUCAGUAAUCUUUACAAUGAAAAAUGUAAAGGCCCAGCGACUAUUACAUCUAUUAUUGAAAAUCUUUCACCAUAUUUAUAUCCAUUUGGUGUUGAGUUUAAUAUUCUUAUAGUUGCUGUAUACUACAUAAUCUGGAGCAAUAUUGGAUCGUGUACAAAUAUAGAUCAGGACAACUCGUCGAGCGACGGAGAUAAUAAUACUGUAAAUUGCAAGGUACCAUCAGCAAGUGAAGACAACGAUUACACUAGCAACAUCGUGAUCUACGCAGAUUGUCACGCCUCUAAUAAAGGGCUGUUCUUAGGAAUGAUUUUAACUGUUAUUGUAGUUGGAAUGCUUAUAUUGGGAUUCAUCUUUAACAGUGUUGGCGAAAACUUACACGAAUUAGGCUACAUGGUAAAUUCCUGCACUAAACUCGGUCUACAUACAAUAUUACUCUUCGCAGUAGUGAUUGCAUACAAUCAGACAAGGCGGUUGGAUAUCAAUGAACAUCCAAUCUCUCUUCUAGACGAUAUUUUGUUGUUUAUAUGUUUGCCAGCAUUUUUCAUGGAAACCGUAUUUUCUAUGAUAGCAACUAUCAACAUUUUGAAUAUUAUAAGAAGCAUAGAUGUUAUUGUCAUGGUCGUUCAAGUAAUCUUACAAACUGCGCUAUUAGUGGACGGCCUUCGCCGCUGCAGUAACUCUCGCAAACUGAGACGGAGAAAACCAGGACGCGAAACAAUCAUGUUCCUUCUAAUAACUAAUGUAGCUAUGUGGCUUUUUAACACCUUCUCUUACAAAUCCCCAGAAAGCCUGGACGAAAGAUAUGAGUUCUAUGGGAAAGUACUAUGGAGUAUAUUAGGUCACAUAAGCCUACCUCUAAUCAUGUUCUACAGAUUCCACUCGAGUGUUUGCUUCGCGGAUAUUUGGAGUGCAGCAUAUAAACCCGGUUCAGAUCAC